AUGACCGACAUAAUUGAAUUUAAUAGCCAGUUCAAAACUUUGAUUAAAUAUAAAGAUGGAGAACGUAAGAAAUCUGAAAAAUCAAAAGAACGCUUAAAAAAAGAGAACGAAGAAUUUGUUAAAAAAUACCAUUUUUAUUUCGAAGAUUGUUUAGGAAGAUUAGAGGAAGCAGAGCAAAAAUUAGAAGAGCGAAAGAAAAAGGAUGAUCAACUCCCCCCCCACCCUCCUGUCCCUUCUCCCACUUCCCCACUGACGCCAAACCCACUGCCAAGCCCAGACAAUCCUUCCCCAACACCUAAACCAAACACCAUGACUGAGCAAGAGAUAGUUAAGAAAAUCGAAAAAGAAAAAACUCGGUUGGAAAAGAAGAUUAAAGAGGUGGAGGAAAAACUAGCUGAUCAGAAAUUAGAUCCUACUGAAAAAGCCAAACAGAAGAAGCUGUCAGAAGAAAUGAAAAAAAUGCACCAAGAUUUAGAAAAAAAACAAGCGAAUUUGGACAAAUUAAAGCAGUCAAGUCAAGCCCAGUCAGAAAAUAAGUUCCUUUUUUACUUGCCCUGA